ACAACUAUUCAGUUCGAGCAUUUACAAAAUAAAAAAAACUAGUAGAAAGCACACGUGUUUUCUUAUUUUAGUUUAUUUUAAAUUAUUUUGUGAACAUAAAGUGAAAUAUAAUAGAAAUGCGUCGUCCCAAGAAGUAUGAAUCCGGUGAGGCCACACAAUAUAUUACACGUAGAGCUGCUCUACGAAAACUGCAAUUGUCCUUAAAUGACUUUCGUCGUUUGUGCAUUGUAAAAGGUGUCUAUCCUAGAGAACCAAAGCAUCGUCGCCGUGCACAAAAGGGAUCUUCAGAUAUUAAAAUUCUAUACCAUGCUAAGGAUAUAAGAUUCUUAUUGCACGAACCUGUAGUUUGGACACUGCGUGACUACAAAAUUUUUGCCAAAAAGACUGGUCGUGAUCGUGCUAUUAAAGAUUUCCGCAACUUAAAAAGGCGUUUGGCACAAUUUCCUGAAUUAAAAAUCGACCAUAUUGUCAAAGAACGCUAUCCUACUUUCAUAGAUGCUAUCAAAGAUUUGGAUGAUUGUCUAACUUUAUUGUUCCUGUUCAGUACCUUCCCUUCCUUGAGAUUGAUCCCACGUGAGCAGUCUGCCUUGUGUCGUCGUUUGACAAUUGAAUUUUUACAUUAUGUCAUUGCCUCCAAGUCGUUGAGAAAGGUGUUCAUUUCCAUAAAAGGUUAUUACUUCCAAGCUGAUAUAAAGGGUCAAAAAGUGACCUGGAUAGUUCCACAUUACUAUCCAUUCAAACCCCAUUCUAAGGCAGAGGUUGACUUCAAAGUCAUGUCGAUUUUUGUUGAAUUCUACACUGUCAUGUUGGGUUUCGUAAACUUCCGUUUGUACAAUAGUAUAAAUCUUGCUUAUCCACCACAAUUUCCAACUGGUGUUUUAACCGACAACGAAGAUACUCUAAAGGAUGAAGCCUCAUUUGUUUCCGACCGCAUAGCUGCUUUGAAUUUCCAGCUGAUGCGCACUGAUAAAGUGGAAGAGGAUGAAGAAGAAAAUGAAAUGGAUUUAGAGUUAUUGGAACAGGACGGCGACUCCAGGCGUGUAUUGAAAAUGAAGCAAGAGGCACAAGAAAUUUCGCGCCUAAAAAACUUGUUUAAGGGUCUUAAAAUCUUUAUAAAUCGUGAAGUUCCCCGUGAACCACUAGUAGUUCUUAUUCGUUCAUUCGGUGGAAAAGUCUCAUGGGAUUCUACAGUGUUCCCUGGAGCUACUUUCGAUGAGACAGAUGAAACCAUAACCCAUCAAAUUGUUGAUCGUCCUAGCCUUAGUAAGCAAUAUAUUUCAAGAGAUUAUAUCCAACCACAGUGGGUGUUUGAUUGCAUUAAUAGACGUCAGUUAUUGCCAACCAACAAAUACUUUAUGGGUGUGGUAUUGCCACCACAUUUGUCACCAUUUGUUGAAGCAAAUCGCGAUGCUUACAUACCUCCUGAGGAGAAGUCUUUGCUUGAUCCUUCAUUGAUCGAGACACACGAACAAAGUGAUGCAGAGUCUUCAGAAAAUGAGGAAGAAAUGGAAAACAAUGAGGAAAAUCAAAACCUAAUAGAUGCUCAAUUACAACUAGCCUACCAAGAGGAAAAAUCUGAAUUUGAGCAAUUCAAUGGUGAUGAUGUCAAUGAAGACGAAGUCGAAGAUGAUGAAGAUAACAGCGAAGAGGAUGAUGAAGAAGAAGAUAUGGAUGAAAAGGAAAAAUUACGUUUGCAAGAGAAAAAGAAAAUGGCGGUACAAUCCGGCAAAGUACAUAAGGAAAACAAACGUUUAUUACGCAAAAGUGAAGUAGACGAACAUCGUUUACAGGCGCGUAUGGUUAAGCCUAGACAUCGUAAUCUUUUCCGUAAAUUAAUUCGUGACAAACAAUCAAAGGAAAAGGAGGAAUGGUUAUUGAAAAAGAAACGUCGCGUUAUCGAUGCACAAUCUAAGCAAGAGAAAAAAGCAUCAAAGAAAGCUGCUAAAAAAGCAGCCCAAACUGCAGUGGCUAUUAAGAAUUAGUUAUUAGUUAAUACAUUUUAUAUUAGGUUUAAAUUUUUAAUAUCAUCGGUUAUUUGUAUCACAAAUGUGGUAUAGAAAAUAAUUACAUAAUUAGAAGUGUAAAUAAAACAAAAAAAAUAUAUAAAAACUAUUUGAGAAAAACAAAA